CUUCGCGUCCGCCGGUCCCACCGCAUCUCCAUACCCCAAAAUAGUGACCAUUUAUUCCACCGUAAUUUUCACUUGUGGAAAGGAACUGAAGAAAGAGGCGUAAUAUGAUGAGUGAUAAUUCAUGGAAAAAAUGAUGUGCGAUGGUAAACGACUGGAUCGAAUAAAAAUGGCAGGUCGAACGUUGGAGUAGAGUGUAGAAGUAGCAGUAAAUCAUAAACGCCACGGGGAAUCGAGUAGAAGGAGAUAAGUGCCCCAGCGUGCUAGUGGAUUUGCCGAUCGCAAGGGCACCAAGUGCAUAUCCCCGGACCCCCCUGGGGUGUGUAACGCUGUGUCCAGUUAAAUCGAUCGAAUGGCGUGGUUAUCACCUGCACAAAAAUCGAGCACACGCCGUAUCAACGACGAAAUUCGGAUGAUUUAUGAGAUGGUGUCAUGGGGAAUAACCACAGGAAAUUGGCAUUCAGGUGGAGAAUUGAUUCACAAUCUCUACAGCGAAUUUUCAACUGAAUGACGCACGAUCGGUCACAGAGAAUUCCGAUUGAUUGCGACAUUAUUAAGGAUACGACAACCGGUUUACUUUAAUAGUAAGUGGUGAAUAAUCAUUGGAGUGAGUGAAUGGGGGGAGUACAGUACUGACUGGACAAAAGUACAUGAAAUUCUCGUGAUAUAAGUAUUAAAAUUCAUGCGUGCAUGACCGAUUCCCUUCAUUUCGAUCCGGUCUGUUCGUUUCUUCAUUGGGACCCAUCACUCGGUCUACUGUAGCAGCAUCUCGUGGUCGCAAUGUACCUGCGGAAAAUUGCGACUGAGUAAAUGAUAAGGAGGGCAACAGGGGCGGAUAAUUGCAACUCUCCGUUGAGCACAACGAUCUCUCCUCGCUGCGUUCCGUUGCUCCUGCGGCAACGGAUUCCGAUCAGUGAGUUAGAAGUUUACUCUUGCCCAGCUCCCGAUGAUUUUACACAUGCAUCUAUCCACACCAACGGAAUAAACCAGACGAAAGCAGACUUACAUAUCGAUAUAUCCAUUAUAUUGAUAAUCACCAACAAUUGAAACCGUUGAAACUGCUCGGAAAAAUGAUAAUUCAAGUACAUCGAAUAGCUGAAGAAAGUGAUUUGAAAACAGCAAUUUUAUCCACUUGACUAACCACGACGGAGAAAACUCAAGGAGUAAAUUGGUCUUGUGUUUCACAGAUGAUUUGAUUCUUCCGUGAGCCGUGACAACGAGUACUGCCAUUCCAGGAUUUUUAUACUCUCAAUUGUUUUAUCCGUGUGGAUAAAAAAAAAGGGAAAAAGUGACAGUGACGGUGCAACACAUCUUCACCUUUCUCUCGUGACUCGAUCAGUGAGUGUGACAUAAUUGAAGAAAGUGUAACCGGAAUUUAAUACCUGUUGUUAUCAACCGGCAAGUCAAGCAGGUUCACCUUCCGCUUUAUUAGUGGACGAGAUACUAUUGGAGAAAAUGAUUUUUUAUUGACAUUUACAAGUGACUGAUAAGGCUGUGAUAAUAUUUCGUGAUUAUCUGAUAGAUCAAUCAAGAUGUCGUCGAACAGUGAAUUUUCAUCGAUGUCAAGUGGAGAAAUUCCGUCAUUACCUAAAUCUCUGCCUAGCUCACGUGAAGCAACAGCUGAGGGUAAUUCAAGUUCGUCGGGUGGAUUUAUGCCACUGCGUGAGUUUCUCGAUCGAUUCUCAUUACCAAGAGUCGUGAGACUUGAAGCAACUGGUGGUCGACCAGUAUUACUCUACAAACAACAGCAUCGAUCGUUACGUGUCACUGCCACACUGCUAAUUCAUCGUUAUCGUCAUGACGUUAAAAUCGGACCGGAAAUUGUCAUUCCCGAGGGAUAUCCUGGAUGGUUUUCAGUGGUGUCAGGUAGCAACGCAAUGGGCAAUGCACGAGUAUAUCGCCGGAUCGAGAACCUAGUGCGUGCCGGGGUACCAGCUUUUCUUCUUGCGGCGCCACUACGUGCCUACACCCUCACGCACUCCAAGAUGGGGGAUGGAAAUCUACGGGCUCACUACACGAAGACGACGAUUCGUGCUGGUGAAGUGCUGCGAUUAAUAGCGGUCUUUCAAGACACGAGAAAAUACAGUGCCUUUGGUAUCACCGGUGGAACAGCAGAGAAAGACCAAUACGCCCAGUGUUUAAAUUCUCACGGUCGCGAGGUCUUUGCGGCAUUAUCAUCGCGCGGUGAAUUUUACGCAAUAUGCCAGAGUAGCAAUGCGGACACAGGAAGCGAUGCUGUUCUCUACAGGGUGCAUCAUCUUGUGAAACGGGCGUUGCCCCUCAGGGUACGACUGGUAGCGGGUCCACUUCCGGUGCCAUUGCCAAGAGAAUAUGGUGGUCUCAUGCAACUGGAAACCUCCACGAGGGGCUCAAUUGUCCUUGGUUGUGUUGUACCUGAACGGCCCGUUCAUAAUCCUGAGAUGCUGGAGCUCGUUGCAUCUGGUAAUGGCGCACCAAGAGUCAGGAGAGCAACAUUAGGAUAUCCUUCUGAAGCUAGACUACUCACUUCCCCAAAGAUGCAACGAUUACUCGCUGCCUGCAGCCGAGCAGUUGGAGAUCGGGCAACGGAGCCUCGAGUGGCCCCUCAAAAAAUUCCAACCACAAACUCAAGUACUCCAAUUAAUGAAGAAGGACGGGAGAUGCAUUUAAAAAAGAUAAAACCAAGAGGCGAGACAAAACCCAUCCUCCAGAGUUUACGUGAUGGUAUUGAACACCUGAAGAAAACAACAGUACGUGAACGGAGUCAGAGCCGCAAUCAAAAUUCAUCAAAUGGUUUCUUAGAACGUAUAACGAAACUAACACACGUCGGUGGUCGUAACAGAAAUCCAGCGAAAAAAUCAGCGUCAUUUACAUUUGCAGUGAAACCGGAAAUUGUUGUCAAGGCCAAGGAGCGGUACUCGAGUUUAGAAGCGGAUGUCACGUCCCAGAAUCAUCAUGCCAAUUCAAAAUUACCAGUUCAAAGAUCGAUUUCAACGAGUGUCCUUGAAACACCAGUUCACGUUGAAUUGCAGCCUAAUUACUCGAGGGUGAGAGACAGUUUAAUGCCCCUACCGACCCCACCACCAAAACACACACAUAUAUCCACAAAGCCAGACAAUAUUUAUGCUGAAAUAUGUGAGACUGAGACGAGUAACAAGGUGCAGGAAUGUCCAGGCAGUCAUGUCAUUGCUAGAAUCAAGAUUAUUGUUAAGAGUGGUGACUCUUAUCUCCAAGAGGAUGAGCAAGAAGAGAGGUAUGCUAAUUCAAUGAUUACUACUCAACAGAUUGAUUCUAUCAUCCACACAGAAGAUGAUGUUAUUUACAACACCAUUUUCUGAUAACUUAAAGUGUAAAAUGCCA